CUGAUGAUUGACAGCUCGACUCCGCCCCUCACACGCGCGUCAUCAUGUGGUGAAUCCCAUCAGCGAUGCCGGGCUCCGGAGGAAAAGAGCACAGCCAGAAGAUGCUCGAGACUUUCAGAAGAAUAACAUUGUCUCCAGCACGCUUCACAGGUGAGCUGCUCCUCGGCGCGAUGGACUGCACACACACACCGGAGGAGCGAGCAGAGGUGAAGAAGCACCAGCACAAACACAGCCUCAAGCGCCGCUUCCAAGUGCUGGAGACGCUGGGCAGAGGCGCGUACGGGAAAGUCAAGCGAGCGGUGGAGAGGCGGUGUGGAAAGACGGUGGCUAUUAAAUCUAUUAGAAAGGAGAGAUUGAGGGAUGAUCUGGAUAGAGCUCACAUCCAGAGAGAAAUCGAGAUCAGUGCCUCUCUAGUGCACCCACAUAUCAUCCGUCUGUAUGAGGUGUUUGAGAGCAGAGAGAGGAUUGUGAUGGUGAUGGAGUACGCGAGCGGAGGAGAGCUGUAUGACUACAUUCAGGACAAACAGAGACUGUCAGAGGAGGAGGCCAGACACUUCUUCAGACAGAUCACCUCUGCUGUGCAGUACUGCCAUAAAAAUGGUGUGGUUCAUCGUGACCUCAAACUGGAGAAUAUACUUCUGGACAAAGACUUAAAUGUGAAGUUAGCUGACUUUGGCUUGUCCAACCGCUACACGAGAGGCCAGUGUCUGGACACGUUCUGCGGGAGCCCACUGUAUGCAUCUCCAGAGAUUAUCAAUGGACUUCCUUACCACGGACCUGAGGUGGACUGCUGGUCUCUGGGUGUGCUGUUAUAUGCUCUGGUUUAUGGCUCCAUGCCUUUCGAUAGCACAACUUACAGCGUCCUUAAAGAGCAGAUCCGCCACGGACGAUAUAAAACCCCUGAUGUCCUGUCAGAGGCCCGUUCAUUGAUCGGAUGGAUGCUCACGGUGAAAACAGAAGACAGAGCCACUGUGGAAGACAUCGCUAACCACUGGUGGCUAAACCUAAACUGUCCCAAAGCUAAAGAGAUUAAACCGUGCGCCUCCACUCUACCCAGAAAGAAACAUAAGGAAAGAACAUUGACCUCAAACAGCAGCUUUGUUCUGCUGUCGCCUCUUGAAUCGUCUUCCCCCAACCAGCCCACGAAGGGCAUCCUGAAGAAUCUCUACAGUCAGGUUGAGUACACAGAAAUGUCUGGGGCUGCUGGAAACAGUACGGCAGCGACUAGCAAGGACGUGGAAAGAAUCGGGACAGAUAACGGGAGGAAGAGGAAGGGCAUUCUUAAGUGUAACGGAAAGUUCUCCGGUGUUUCUCCAAUCACAUCGGCUCCUACGUGGUCACAUGGUUUCGGCAAAACUAGCCAGGAGUGUGAUGGAGGUGAGCAGCAGGAGAUGGAGUUUGAGAUCAAGAUCUCCCUGUGGAAAACACACCAGUCUACAGGCCUACACUUGCCACAGAAUAGCUAUUUUGAUCAUGUACAAUGAUUGUAAAUGCAUUGAAUUUAAUAACAAAGAAUAUAGGUAACACUUUUCAGUUCAAUUAGUUA